AUGAGGGAUCAAGGAUGGGAUAGUCUCUUAGACAAAGUCAUUUUAUUUUGUACUAAACACGAGAUUGAUGUUCCAUCUAUGGAUGCUCAUUAUGUACCUCAAGGAAGAUCAAGACGUUUUGCUAAACAAGCAACAAAUCUACAUCAUUUUCGGGUUGCAAUCUUUUUGGAAGUAAUUGAUUUGCAUCUUCAAGAGAUUGAUAACCGUUUUAAUGAGAAGAACAUGGAGUUACUUACAUGCAUGGCUUCCCUGAGUCCUAGAGGUAACUUUUCAUCAUUUGAUAAAGAGAGGAUACUUAAACUUGCUUCUUUAUAUCCCGAAGAGUUUUCAUGUUAUGAUUUAACGGCUCUUGAUCUUAAACUUGAUGUCUUCUUGGGUUCUAUGCAAAAUGAUGAAAGAUUUCAUGAUUUGCAAGAUAUCAAUUCUCUUUCCAUGAUGCUUGUUAAAACAAGGAGACAUGAGACUUUUCCUCUUAUACAUUUGCUAAUCAAGUUAAUUUUGAUUCUUCCUGUUGCUACGGCAAGUGUAGAAAGAGUGUUUUCCGCAAUGACGUUUGUCAAAAAUAAGUUGAGAAAUAGCAUGGGUGAUCAACUAGUGAAUGAUUGUUUGGUUACUUACAUUGAGAAGGAAGUGUUUCUACAAAAUAAUAAUGAUGAUCAAGUUUUACUUCACCAAGAUCAAGAUCAUGAUCAUGAUGAUCAUCAUGAAGAAGAAGAUGUGGAUUUAUCUGCUUGUUUUGAGCCGUCUGAUUAUCUUAGUUAUGAUUAUUUUGGGCCUUUUCAUAGUUAUGUUGAUGUUGAGGAUUUGGAGAGUACUUUCCAAGCUUUUAUUUAUGGUUGA